CGUAAGUAGCACUCUUGUAUUGGAAACAUUCGGGACAUUGUGUUUCUACGAGUCAAAAAGAAUAGUCUUAUUAACCACCUGUAUUCAAUAUGAUGGACGCGAGGAAAGAAAUAAAAACGAUAGACGGAGACUUUGUUGCUCAACUAUGCUGUAAUUUAAAGAAACAAGCAAAUUUCGAGGCUGUGGAUCCACUAGUAGACAUACGAAUCAUCCAGACUAAUCGGUACGCCAUAUACAGAGUUCAUUUGGAUUUUCUGCAUGCCGGCGCCACGAUAAUCAGGACUAAUACGGCUCGAAUAAGCGAAGCCGCACUAUCCAAAAUAAAUAGCAACAAAUCUGUGAGGUAUUUUAUUAAAAAUGCCGUACUGCUGGCCCGGAAGGCCGUGUGCAAGUAUUACAAGGAAACGAGAGGUGACAUGCAAUCUCCCGAAAUUUACGAUCGAAAUCGGCCUCAAAUUGCCGGCUAUUGCACUAACUUUUUAAAGUCGUGUUUUCGCAAGGGUUUACCUUUUGAUUACUGGAAUGAGGUCUCGCGAGAGGAGAUGUUAAAGUUGCAUCGGUUGCGCAUACGAGAGUUAUUGAAGGCCGGCGUCGACAUGCUGGCUAUAGAAGAUAUACACAAUAUGGUGGAACUUAAAAUAAUCGUAGAGGUGCUGCGACGGUAUAAGUCUGCUAAGGUUUGGAUAUCGUUCACGUGCCUGAACGACGUUGAGUUAUUUGACGGAAGUCUACUUCUGGAUGCAAUUAAACACUGUCGCCGCUCCUUGCACUCUGGCCAGAUCAUUGCGAUUGGCGCGAAAUGUUGGAUGGAUGGCAAAGAAUUGUCGCUGCUAAAAGAUAUUUACAAUGCUACACGUAAGGACCGUAUUCCCCUGAUAGCAUAUAUUAAUGAAGAAGUCUUGAAAUUUUAUCAGCCAGAUAUCAUGUACUACGUGAAAGAAGCCGUAAAAUACGGAGCGAAAUAUUUCAGUGGUGACAAUGGUGGAAACUUAAAUGAGAUAAAAAUGAUUAGUAGUUUGGCACAUACAUAUAACAUUAUCCAUUUCACCUACUUUCCAGAUUUGUCCACUUCUUCUUCUUCUUCUUCUUCUUCUUCUUCUUCUUCCGAUUCCUCCUGAUUCCUCUGAAAUAUGGAGAGCAAAUCGAAAUUAUAAUUUCUCCGUGCUGUGUGAUAUUCGUGCUUGAAUGAAUACUGACAGACGUGUUACUUGGAAACGUUAAAGAUUAAUACGACUGAACAGGAAGACUUGUUUGUACAACAAUUUUUGCACACAUCUCUUUUGUUAAAGUUAAAAGCGCAUCAAAUAAUUACAAUUACGAGCUACUUAUGAGAUUUACUUAUGAGUAUUUUACUUAUGAGAUUUCCUGGUAGUCGAUUAUGAUAAGAGCU